AUGCAAGAGAUAUGCAACACAGCCGCACUGCCACUCGACAGUAACCCAUUAGUGCGUAAAAUAAAAUGCGAAGAGUUCCCAGUGAGGGGCAAGCAAUCAGCAAGAGUUGGCAUGGGGGUGCGCGAUGAAAUGGAAGAGGAUUUCGCAGUGAAGGCGAGGAACACUCCACCGAUGGGGCCUGCGCCGGGGCAGGAACACCGCAUGGAGCACGGGGGUAACGGGUUCUGGUUGGCAGCGGUCACCGCAGCUGGGGCACCGCAUCCGAUGCUUGAAACUUGUACAGAAACCGGAUUCAUUAACAGCCAACCGUCUAUGGCUGAGUUCAUGACGGCCCUUCCACAGCUAGGUGGAGGAGAACUCAGCCCACAGCACACCCCUCCAGGAUAUGGCCCCGAUUUGCCUUCCCCUGGUGGCGGUUUAAACGUACCUGAGUAUCCGUGGAUGAAAGAGAAGAAAACUACACGAAAAAGCAGUCAGCAAGAAAAUGGGCUACCACGGAGACUUCGAACAGCUUACACGAACACACAGCUUUUGGAGUUAGAAAAAGAAUUUCACUUUAAUAAAUAUUUAUGCAGACCCAGGAGAAUCGAAAUCGCAGCGUCCCUUGACCUCACAGAACGACAGGUAAAGGUGUGGUUCCAAAACAGACGCAUGAAACAUAAACGUCAAACUCUCAGUAAAAGUGAAGACGGUGAUGACAAAGAUUCGACAACUUCAGAGGGUGGCAAGAGUAAAACAGGGCUUGAUAAAUUCACAGAUGAUGAUGGACCACUAUCAGGAAAGAAAAGUUGUCAAGGUUGCGAAUUACCUCCGGGUGCCUUGUGCUCCCCAACUGAAGACAUACCCGAAUUAUCAUCGCGUACGAGAAACAAUAAUACCCCAAGUGCAACUAAUAACAAUAGUUUUGCAAGCGAUGGCGCGUCUAGCGUCGCUUCGUCAUCAUCGCUGGAUAAGCUUGCUGAAGAAGAUUCAAGGGAUUCACAUCCACCAAACAUUUCUGCUCCUCGUAAUUUAGCAAAGCGUAUCAAACAAGAAGCAAGGAAACGGUCACCAUCUUUAGAUACAAUUGGCUGCAAAGUUUCACCAUCUUCUUCUAAAGAUGGACUGAUUGGCAUCGGUGGGUUAGCAGAUGCUGGAAAGUUUUCUUCCGUUAACCUUACGCCUUCUUCGACACCGGGAACUCCAUCUAGCAUGCAUCAAAGUCCCCUUGGACAUUAUGCGCGGCCAUCUCCCCCUAACGUUCCACCUGUUCCACCGCAUCAAGCAGUCCCAAAUGCGAUACCACCUUACGUUAUUAGAGGUAAUGCUCCACCUGGACAAUUUGUACCUCAUCCUGAUUUCCGCAUGGACAGCAAACAAUUUGUAGGUAAAUUAGCACAAUAUCCUCAGGGAUCCAGAUCCUACGAAGGUUACACUUCAGGCUUACAAGGCAAUGAUCAACACACCUACUCAAGAAACCAUCAAAACGUAAGAACAGACGGCUCCCCAUCAACGCGGUCUACUAACGGAAUAGUGACAAGGCAAACAUACCCACACGAAAUGUAUCAAAAUUAUGGUUAUUCUAACUAUGCUAAAGAUCAAGCUGGAUAUGGCCAUCCUGGAUAUGACCAGGCACAGGGUUACUCAAGUGAGCAUAUGGCUUAUGCUAACAGCCAUUAUGGAUACCAUUAUCAUGAGGGUGGGCCAAAUGAACAUAGCUACUAUGCAAGUGAUGGUCAGAAACCAGCCCAUGGUGCGGAAUACGCAAAAGGUUCAUACUAUGACGGAGUUGCAUACAGUGGCCAAGGCAGUGGUGCUGCAGCAAGCACUUAUGCAGGAACUCAAACAAGCGGUGAAACAUAUACUGGCAACAGUGAGUGUAAUGACAGUUACAGCUCUUUUCAACAAUUUUACGAGGCAUCACAUGCUGCGCCAACAGGUGCUGCAGGUGAUAAUUCUAAUUCUUCAUCAGACUUCCACUUCCUUUCAAACCUUGCUAAUGAUUUUGCUCCUGAAUAUUACACCAUUUGA